AUGCAUCCUGAUCUACACCAUUUCCAGCGCGCGGUUCAGCUGCGCCAAGAGGAGGACCCAGCCACGUUCUGUCCUGUCUCGGUGCGCCAGUAUGCAUCUUUGGUAGCGCCAUCCUAUGCAUCGACCCGCCUCCCCCAACGUGUCAGUGCGUCGCGUUCUUUCACUUCGAGUGUACAGCCGUCCCCUCUCCAGGCAGGGGCAAUUCCGUGUUCCGUUCUCCGUCCCGUUGUCCCUUGGAGCGCAACGACGACUUUAGGACCACUUGUGAGUCUCGACUCGAAAGCAGCUCUUACACCUUCUUCUGUUCAAGUGGGAGAACCCUGCCGCGCGUCUCUUCGGGAGGGCGAAGAAAGGGGGAGUCUGGUUGCCCGGGCGCACACAGCGACUUGCAGCUCCAGCGAAGUUGGCCGCAGAGGCGGAGCACCCGCAGCGGCUCUUCCGUCAAAUGGGGACUCCUCGUUUGCAGCUGCUGCUCGGACAGGAGGAACAGUGGUGUAUUGGAGACGGGACGUACAUCCCGAACGGCGUCCACAAUCACCCAGUCCUAGCGCACCUCGUGCCUCGUCAUCAUCUCCGGGGCUCCGCGUUCGGGACAAGUAUGGCUCUGUGCAUGCGUCGACGGCGAUUCCGGGGUUAUCCUCUUCAGUGGGGUACUUCAGAGAGCCCAUGCAGACGAGAAGAGGAGUUCCCGACAAUGCCCGACUCGUCUCGGCCCCUCGUCAAAAUCAGGCAGAUCCCUUGGGGGCAUUCCGCCACGAGGCGCCUUCUUCCCCGCCUCUUCAUGAAACUCUCGUCCCUCUCUGUACUGCUCGAUAUCGCCCCGCGGUGGCUCUUCCCUACAGCAGCCAAGAUGGAAGUCACAUGGACCGCCCCGGCUCCGUUUCCCUGCGACUGGCGGCAACCGCCACUCCACGCCUGCGUCAUGGUCCGUUGCCCGCGAACGCUGGAGCUGUUACGCGAGUUACUGGAACAGCAAACGGCGGGAGAGGAGUCCUCCCAGUUUCUGGGCCUGCGACGUUCUCAGGCGGAGGACCGACGCGUCUUGUGUUCCACACAGAAGGGACAGACAGUCAUCCACCAGUGUGUUCGACCGGCAGCACACUUACCCUCCCGCCCCGGGCCGAUGGAGGCGACAGAGAUGCAAUGGAGAUGCUUGCGCGGCAAGAUCCACCGCAUCGGGUGGUAGGAGGAAGCGACGGCCAGCUGGCGAAAAGCAUCGUUUCUUCUCUUCCGCCUUCAGAUUCAGAGGAUACGCGUCCCGCGUUACACUUCCAGUGUACACAGUUUGUUGGCCCUCCACCAACUGGCGGAGGCGGGAGAGCCGUUCAAGCAGGCUCCACAGGCCUCAAGGACUGUGCAUGGACAUCCGUUACGGGUUCCGCCUGCCUGUCUCAUGACCCAAGCGACCGUCCAGUUCCAUUCACGAAUCGCCUUUUUCCACAACAACGGGAGGGGGAGGCUGCUUCGCAUGACGCGAUUGGCGAUUCACGGUUUCCUUCAGGUUCCUUGACUCGACCUGGCGCGUCUGAUGGUUCUCCAUGUCUUCCCCUCUCGUCCGUCGAUAAGCAGUCGCCCUUGCGGCAGAACACCGGAUUCGAAACUGCAGCGCCUGCGGCAGCCGACGAUGAGGAGAGGGUAGAAGGAAGUCAGAAGCAAGAGCUUUCAACUCGAGCGCCGUCCGCACCCUUGGCGAAAGGAGACCCGUGUGAACCGCCCGCUCGGGGAAGCCUCGAGCCUUCCCAUAGGCAGACGGCUCGUGAUGCUGCAAACACGAGAGGUUCGGGUGUACAUACACGGGACGCGCGCGUCUCGAGGAAAGAGCGAGAGGUAGGAACGGUCCAGCGGAACGGCAAUGUCUGUCGCGGAGCAGGCGCCAGCGUUCUUGGGUCUGCCGUCGAGCACCGGACCGAGAAACCGACACGGGGACUUCGUGAGGCAAAGCGAGUGGCAGCAGGCACAGGUGCGCAGGACAUCCACAAUCCCCCAAAUGGAGCAGAAGCAGAAAGAAGGACCGGCAGACGAAGGGCGGGAUUGAAGUGCUCUCUGUCCUCUGCCUCCCGAGUUAGGACGGGGUCACUCGCGCGUAGCGGGGCUUUAACGUUUCGGCAAUCUGAGGAAGUUGGAAAGCGAAGUAUGGGCCAGUACACGUUGGGGGAAACAAUCGGAGAAGGCACAUUUGGAAAAGUUAAACUUGGAAUUCACGUAGCAACACAAGAACAAGUUGCCAUAAAAAUUUUGGAAAAAAGCCGAAUCAAGGAGGCCGACGAUGUCGAGAGGGUCGUUCGCGAAAUUCAUAUUCUCAAGACCGUCAGACACCCUCAUAUUGUUCGCCUGCUCGAGAUCAUCGAGACUCAGCAGCACCUCUACUUGAUUAUGGAGUACGCCUCCGGGGGCGAGUUGUACGACUAUAUUGUCAACCGGCAGUGUGUUGAGGAGAAGGAGGCGUGCAAGUUCUUUCGGCAGAUCCUCUCCGGCGUCGAAGAAAUGCACGCGCUGCGAAUAUGUCACAGAGACUUAAAGCCAGAAAAUAUUCUUCUGGAUGCCGAUUUGAACAUCAAAAUCGUCGACUUUGGUCUAUCAAAUACGUACACUUGUCGCUCCAAUCUGAAGACGGCGUGUGGUUCCCCUUCCUAUGCGGCCCCAGAGAUGAUCGAGGGAAAAGCCUACGAGCCUCUGGCCGUCGAUAUCUGGAGUUGCGGCGUCAUUCUUUUCGCCCUCCUCGCUGGCUACCUUCCCUUCGAGGACGCCUCAACUGACGGCCUUUAUCGGAAAAUCAUCAAGGGAGAGUUUGAGUGCCCGGAGUGGAUCUCGAAACCCGCAGAGGAUCUUCUUCGGGGUUUGCUAGACACAGACCCAAAAAGGCGACUGGUGCCUGAGCGCAUCAAGCGGCAUCCUUGGUACAACCUCGUGAAGGAAACAACGGGCGUCGUCUCUCUCAGUCGCGCGGGCUCUUCUUCUCUGCCUCCCUCGUUCACAUCUUGCGCAAAGUCUGAGACAGAGAACACUCGCACUGAAGGGCGAGAGUCGCGGGCUUUGGCGCGUUCUGCUUUCCUGCCUUUUGGCUGUGGGAUCCCACUUUGUAGCAGCUGCGCCCAGUGGGCUGAUGGCGACAAUCCCGAGGCACCGCCGUCCACGUGCAUCCUCAGCCAGAUGGCGUGCUUGGGACUUGAUACCGCGAAGGCGGUCGAAGCUCUUCAGAAGGGAGAACUGACCACCCUGACUGCCGCCUACUUCCUCCUCCUCGCCAAGAUGAACAGACGAACAGGGCGUGUUCGACUGGAGGCGCCCCUGCAACACGAAGCCGGGGACAAACCAGAAGCCGCAGUAUCUGCUCCCUCUCCAGAAGGCCUCCCUCGCUGCCGAGUGUCUCCCCAACCUCCUCUCGCCAAGGGCCACGAUGCUACACUUGCGUCUGCAGAUCCUUCCGGUACUUCCCCCACUUCCGCGCUACACACUGUUCGCGUUUGUUGCGCUCCGCUAAGUUUUUCUUCUCCACCCUCUGGUGUAGAGUACACUUUGGAGGAGACGUUGCCGGUGUCUUUGGAAGUUUCAGGCGUGUAUACGCCUGCACAAGGAGAUCCCCAUUCGCAAACUUCGACGGAGACGCCUGCCAUUUCGGUUCUAAAUCGCCCCACAGGCACCGCUCCUCUUCGUCAGGCGCAAGAACCCGCCUUGACGGACCAGCGCCUGCCGUCGGCGCUUGCCUCUUCGUGCGCCCUGCCGUACGCUUCUGUCUCCGGCAACUCCUCUGAAGGUUCAAGCAGCCGCCCCGGCCCAGGAAUGGAGGCUGGAGAAACUUCACGAGAGGACACAUUGCCCGUUGAGUACGGCCGUUUGUACACCGAUCCUUGUGACGGUUUCUCUCACUUUGGCCAGGUGGACGAGCGCUGGAGAACAGCGGCGCGCAGAGGAAAGGACGAAGACGUGGAUCGGGUUCAAUACAGGGAACGCCCAGAACCCGAGCGUCAUUUCUCUGGAGAAGAUGCGAGGCGCUUUCGUUCUCAAGACGCCCGCAUGGACGACGCUCGUCUCUCAGCGAAAAUGGUUGAUCUGUCGGGCGGUGACCGAGAGAAGAUUAGCGUGAGAUCCGAUGCGGAGGCCACGAGUCACCGAGCUCAGGCAGGGAAAGGCGGGGAGUCUGCUCUGUUGGAGAUUCGUCAGCAAAGCAAUACAUCGAACAGCACUGUUGACUCUUUUUCCUCUUUUAACUUUCACGCCCUGUACAAGAGCAGUCCGUCUCCGCAGGCGACAGGCGCGGCCCCUCGUGCGAGUUCGUCUUCCCACCGUCCCGCCGCUGCGGGCAAGAACGCUGGAAAAGCCCGAUCCGCGCGAGGUGGCGAAUCCGCGGUCCCCGGCCCCUCCAUCUUUUCGUCUUUCGCGUCGCCCUAUCCGAGCACAGGCCUGACCGCUGCGAGGGCUGCAUCUCUCCUUUCCGACCGGGCGCGCGUCCCCCCUGGACGACCCGCGCAUUUGGGGCCGCCGACAGCGAUGGUCAACCGCGCGCGGAUGCACCGAAUUCGUCAGCAGCAGAAAGGCGCUCUGCGCUUGCCUUUGUCGAGUCGAGGCUCUGAGACGUAUCGACCGUCUGCAACCAGUCGCCCACGGCCCGCUGGGCUCGCGGGCCGCACGCCGGUGGAGGCAGCGCGCGGCCGGGGCUCCUUGCUUCUGCCCAGCUCCGGGGGAAGCUUGCCUUCUGCGCGCCUGCCAGGAGCCGGGGCUGUGGGACGAGCGCUUUUAACAGCAGAAGGCUGUCGCCUGCUAAACAGCGCGAGAGGUUCGCGGACUGAACGUGGAGAAGGUGGGGCCUUCCGGUUGAUGGACUGGGCAGCGCGAAGCGGAGACCACUCCGACCUGCGCACUAGGGACUGUCCUGUCUCGACAGAAAGCCGGGCGACUUGGGCAGAGAAGAGAGACGGAGACACAACGCAGCGGGAAGCGAGGACUCCGGCGACGUGCCGGGGUUCUUCGCUUGGGCCAGCCCCCGCUCAUACCGACGUUUCGCUCCCAUCUGAACGCCCUGCGGAGGCGCCGCCGAGGUGCGGCCUCAGCCCCCCGAUUCUGCCGUUUUCGCUUCCAGACGGGGGUGUCUCGGCCCCCGCGCGGGCUGCGCGCGAAGAACAGCUCGCCGAAAUCCGGCGAAGCCUCUUAGCCACGGCGCGAGGCGUCACGCGAAAAAGGAUCGGCGAGGCAGAAAUUGCCGCAGAAGCAACUGGAAGAAGGACGGCGCGAAAGCCGGCGGCAGGAAAGCUGGUGGAACCAGGAUCGUGUGGAGGUAACGAGGACGGUCGAACGGGGAGCCGUAGGAAAGAGAAGACCGCAGGGGCGCAACUGAGUGCAAAAGCAAGAGCCGAGGAACGAGAACGCUUGAAGGAGCAGGACGCGCAGAAGAAACCGCAGGAAGAGCAUUGUGACCAGACUGACCUUGUCAGCCUUCUCCUUCCGCGUGAUGACUGCCCCACUCUGCCCAAACAUCCCGGCGUUGCCUUGCCCAAGACAGCACUGUGUUUGGACACCAUGCUCCAGAAUCAAGCUCAGGCCUUCCACCCUCCCGCUGCUUCUUCCCAUUCUGUGACGUGUGUUCCAGCUUGA